AUGGCAUACCAAUCCCGAGAAGAAGAAGAGGAGCUCCUCCUCCUCGAUCUUUACGAUCCUCCACAGGAGGAGAAGAAGAAGAGGAAGAAGAAGAAGAAGGAGGAGCUUCUGCUUCUCGACUUCGACGAGAUUGUGGUGCGGCCUGGCGUCAAAAGCCAACCUCCCCGAGAGGUUCUCUCAAGCCAGUCCACGGAAACGGCAACCGCUGCGGGUUUGAAAGAGGCCUCUCCACAACCUGCCCAGCAAUCGAUCUCGUCUGCUUGCCAGGAAUCAUCGGACGAUACUUCUAAGAAAGCGGCCUCUUCGUCAACUUCUGUCCCACCUGAAGCUCCUUCUGCAGCUACCAAGGAAGCUGCCAAUCUAAACUUUUGGGACCUCCACCGUCACCUAGCUGGUCUCGGGGAAAAAGAAGCCAGGUACCGAGAACUUAACCAAAAGGCACCUGGCAGGCCGGGAGAGUUGACACCGAAAUUCGUUACCGACCUUAUAAACCACGCCGAGGGCUCCAUGUGCUUCCACACUGGAGUAUUUACGAAGCAAGAGAAGAACUGGCAGAAGUGUGCGAAAUGCAAGGCUUACCAGCCAGACUUCACCUUCGAGUGUAAGGGUUGCAACACACUUUUGUGUUUGAGAUGCAAGAUCGAGGUCCAGGAUAGGAGGUACUGA